CGUGGUUUGGCGUUAGAUGUUUUAUUUGUUUGUACCUAAUAUUUUUAGUAAUUUAAACUUUUAUCUAAAAAUUGUGUAAGUUACAUUACGCCGUAGAUUUAAAGCAAUGCUGAAGUGAAAUGCUACAAUAUCUUAGUGAGAUAUGUCAUGGAUAUUAUAAUUUCAGUGAAAUCUUUUCAAUGUAGGUAUCUAUAAUGUUUUCGACUUAUUUGUGAGUUUUUGCGGAUUAAUCUACCAUAUUUAUAAAAAAUAAAGAUGCAUAUUUUGUGUACGAUAUGCAGUGAUCUCGUAAAUCAAGCUGAAAAUAUAUUUGUGACUAAAUGUGGUCAUAUAUUCCACCACCAUUGCCUUGUACAGUGGAUCGAAAGAUCCAAAACCUGUCCGCAAUGCAGGAACAAAGUGACGGACAAAUGUAUGUUCCGUCUUUUCCCCACAAUAUCUAAUGAGAAUAACAGCGAAGACGCCGCGACUUUACAGUCACGGUUAGACGAUGCCCAGCUACAGCUGCGUCAACAAAGAGCCAAAUAUAAGGAGAAGGAAGAUAAACUGGCCGUUGUUACGGCAGACUUGAAGAGACAAGAUGAUCUUCUAAAAUCAUAUGAGAAGAGGCUAGUAAGCUUUGACUCCAAGGUGCUAGCUCUACGAGAACAGCUGGAAAUAUUAAAUGUGCAGAAUAAAGAACUGCAUCGAGUGAAAGAAGAGAAUGAAGCAUUGAAAAAGAACAUGCAGACUCUUAAUGGUCUGCAAAGAGUUCUUAAUGCGACAAGUGAAGACGUAGAACAAAUGUUACAUAGCUACACUGAUGUGAAAACUAUCGCUACUUUCGCUACGGCUCUUAAAAGAGCCCUGUGUGACUCUGAGACUAAGAAGAAUGAGACUCGGGACAGGCUGCAUAUGGCCAAACAGCAGCUUGCUCUGGAGAAGAAGACGGUUGCUGAUCUGCAAAGACAAGUUGUUAAACUUGAAGACGAUCUGCAUCAAGCUCAAAAUAGGUAUGACUCACUGAACACUAAAUAUGAAACAUUGAAAAAUGAAAAAGAAAUCCCAGAUUUGAAAGAUCAAAAAACGACGACAGCAGAUGUGAUAGAGAAGGAUGCACAAUCCCCUCCCCCCUCCCUUAAUGACGCGAUUUUGGAGACACACAGCAAUAACUCUAGCUUUAACAACCUGGUGCAUAACAUUGAAAACUCAGACUCACCUUAUUUGAACUUGAAACAGGGCAGCUUAUUCUCUGUAGCAGUAUUACAACGUGCACCGUUAAAACUUUCUGAAAAAGUUAAGCCAUCAGAACAUUUCUACCUGAAUUCGAUAAAGAACGCAACAAUGAAACGUUUGGGUGAAAAAUCAAACACACUCAGCUCGAAACACAGCAUCUUUCAUAAGAAGGAGCCAAUGAAGAUUGAAUCGCUUGACGGCAAAGUUGGAGGGAAUUUAGACAUAUCCUAUGAUGGAUUAGGGGGUCAUUCGAAAAUAGACACCUUUCCAGUCCCCAAUAGGACUCCGGUCAAAAGCUGCAUCCCCAAAUUAUCAGCCAAACACAAACUUAAACGCCCCAAUCCAGCCGGUAGUCAAGACAUCGAAAAAAUGCUCAAAAAAGUUAAAAAAUAGUAAGUGUUGAUCACUUAAAAACUCUUUAAACCAGUGUAAGUACAUCAUUGUUAUUUUGUUACCAUUUGCAAAAUGCUGUGUUUAUUUAUUUUUUGUGGUAAUACUGUCACGUAGUUAAGUAGAUUUUUAACUAUGUUAUUAUCGUAUUAUUAUGCCAACGAAUAAGGGUUCUCACCAAAUGUUAAAUUAUUAAUUUGCGUUUUAUUCUUAAUCUUAUUUUUUUUUAUUUUGUUUUGUCUGUGGUUUCAGAGCGAUGGAAAAAGUGUAAAAUCUUUUUUCUUUGCUAUAUUUGUUACUGCCAACUGUUAUGUGUACAUAAAAAUAAAUCGAAAUAUUCAAAAGUAGUGUCAAAGCUUUAAGAGUAAAAUAGACGUAAGAAAGGCCUUAUAUAGGCUUAAGUAUUAGAAUUUAUGAGACUUUUAAAUAAAUAGUGGGUAAAAACCUCAAGGACCGGAAUUUCCCAGACACAACUGUAUCUCUUAAUGUUAGGUUAGGCUAUCUGUCUAUCUAGACUUAAUAUUAUAAAGCUGAAGAAUUUGUUUGUUUGAACAUGCUUAUCUCGGAAACUACUGGUUCGGUUUUGAACAAUUAAUAGGUUAUAAUAUAAAACAUUUCACUACUACCAAUAGGAUCUGAGCUGCAGAGAAAACAGCAUGCAUUUAUUAGAAUACUUAGAAAUUACAUAUCAUUUUUUAGUUACCCAGCACUGUUUAACUAGCAGUUUGUCUUCUAAAAUAGGUAGGAAUACUCUUCAUCACAAUACAUAUUAAAAUAAAAAGUGCGAAAUAUUUUGCAAGUUUCUAAAUAUAAAUCUUAUAACUUUAUCUGAAUUCUUGAAGGUCAUAUUUCUCUAUAUUAUUAUAAUAUAUCUAUGUCGAUGUGCCAACCAUGAGUUAAUUAGUUAAAACUUCUCGGAAAGAUUAGCAAUCACUGCAAUAGGAAUACUGUCUCGUUCUUUCAUUUACAAAAUACAUACAUAUGAAUGAGAUAGAGAUGCUUCUGACAACGUCUUCUUAAAGUGCGUUUUGUAUGGUCUAUUUAUUGAAAAUAUUCUGUCUAAAAAUAAAAAUAAGGUAGGUAUUGGUCGGGUUUCCGAAAAGAUUCUUAAUUUUUUUAUUGGUUAGCCUUUUAGAGACAUGUAUUGUCAAGUUGCUGCAAGUGUAUGUAUGACAACAUAUCAAUGUAGGUACGCGAAUAUAAAAUAAGAUUUUCAAUCCUAAAAUUUUAACCGAAACGUCCCACAUCCAUCGAAGAAUUUUGAGAAAUCGAAGUAUGUUGACCUGUAUGCGUAUACAAUGGAGCCUUUCGCUUUUUGCUCAUCAGAUGGCGCCAGUGUGGACUUCUCGUUUUUUUGUCCAAUAGGAUCUAAGCGUCACGCAAUUGGACGUUAAUUUUUCGACUACGUACUACAGUGAUUGGCCAAACUGCCCUUUGUUAGAUUAGCGCCAUCUAGUGAACAGAAAACGUAACGGUAACUCCAUUGAUGUUCGAAUGGUAUUUGAAAUGAAAGGCCAAACCAAAUGCGUGAAUGGUAAUGACUCUUUCUACACACGAAAUAAAGACUGUUGUGCCAUUUACACCUUUGAUAGUUAGAUACGUAGGUAUAUUUUUGAUACGGGUUGGAAGUAAUUGGGGUGAAGGAAGGUUGUGAAUGAAGGAGAUUGUAAUUGAAAUAAUACAUCUAAUGUAAUGCAUGGAACUGCCAGUAGGAUUAAGGUUGAUUGGGAAAUGUUCUGUCAAAAUAUUUAUAUAUUUUUUGUAUUAUCAUUGUCAUAAGUUACUGCUCAGUCACUGAUAUUUAUUAUAAUGGUUGUAAGACUGCAUUGUCCAAUAUGGUGAUAACUAAACGCGGUUUUGUUUCAAUAAUAUUAAUGUUAAAGUAUGCUGUAUGCUCAUUAAUGUAUGAGAAGGUGAUUCAAAUAUUUUAAUGUAUAACCAAACAAUAAUUUUACAAUAAAUUCCUUUGCAAUAAAGUGUCAAAUAUAGAAUAAUACGACAACACUUUCGGUCCUUCAAUUUUUGGGUUGCCAGCCACCGAUGUCAAACAAUAUCAAUGAAGACAACACAAUGCCACAUUUUUAUUAAAAAUUAAAAAAUAUAUAAUUAAGAGGAUUGUGUCAUAAUUCAUAUUUGUUGUACGUUUUAAGUAAUACCUAUGCCUAAUCACUUUUAGUUCUGUGAACCGUGGUGUUUAAAUAACAUACUUAUGUAUAUUUUGAAUUAAUGUUAUUAUUAUUAUUUUAUAUGUAUAGUUUGGAAAUAAGACUGCAAAUAUCAUGUAAUAAAAUGUAUCAAAU